AUGACGGAAGCAUUCACAGAAACGACAGCUGAAUAUACUUAUGAUGAACGUGCUUUCUCCUGCAAUAAGACUGACAUCCAAGAAUUUGGGAAAAUAUUUCUGCCAAUAUUUUACAUCGCAGUGUUUGCUCUUGGCCUCACAGGGAAUCUAAUGGUGGUUUUUGCCAUUAUGAAAGAAGGCAGUAAAAAAAGCGUCACUGACAUCUAUCUCCUGAACUUGGCUAUCUCAGACCUUCUCUUUGUGAUCUCCCUCCCCUUCUGGGCUUCCAACAUGGUGCGUGGAUGGACUCUCGGAACUAUUACAUGCACAGCUGUUUCCUCACUGUAUUACAUUGGUUUCUUUGGGGGCAUGUUCUUUAUCACUGUUAUCAGUAUCGACAGAUACUUGGCCAUUGUCCGGGCAACAUAUUCUCUGAAAUCUAGAACAGUGAAACAUGGCUUUCUUAUAACCUGCGGAGUAUGGGCAACGGCAGUUUUAGUUUCAGUACCGCAAUUUGUGUUCUCCCAGCUGGUAGAAAAUGACUGCAUUUCUGUCUUCCCCCAGGAGCUAGAGAACAUCUGGCUGGUGUUCUGCAAUGUGGAGCUGAACACCAUCGGCUUUUUCAUCCCAGUCUGUAUCAUAUGCUAUUGCUACUGUGGGAUCGUCAAAACCCUGCUGUCCUGUAAAAAUCAGAAAAAAGCACGAGCUGUAAAACUGAUCUUGGUUGUGGUGGUCAUGUUUUUUCUGUUUUGGUCCCCCUACAAUGUACUGAUUUUUCUAGAGACUUUAAGGCACUAUGAGUUAUUCACAAGUUGCAACCAAAUUAAAUCACUGGACUACGCAUUGCACCUGACCGAAACCAUUGCAUUUAGUCACUGUUGUCUCAAUCCUCUUAUCUACGCCUUUGCUGGGGAAAAAUUCAGGAAAUACCUUUAUCACAUCUGCUUAAAGUACUGUCCAUUCCUGUGUUUCUGUGGCCCCUGCAGUCGCUACCAGGUCACCUAUUCAGCUAGCUAUGCAGAAAGUGUCGUGAACAGCAACAUAACCCUGAACACCAGUGACCAGGAUGGCUCUGUCUUCAUCUAA